GAUAAACACCAGCCAUUCAACCUAAGUUCAGUCGCUGUUGGUUGCUCGUGGAUAUAGUAACGUGUUCUCAUCAGAGCAGCGCGAAACUCGAUUUAAUAAAAGUUAAAGAGAGGAAAGAAGCAAAAGAGGAAAGAAGCAAAAGAAAAAAGAAGCAUCCGAGUCUGUAAUAGAGAAAUUUUUUUUUGUAAAAAAAUUCUUUUACAAACGGUACACACAGUCAGUGGAACAGUGAGUGAUUUUUUUUUGAAAAUCGAAGUAGAGGAAUAAUUAAUAAAUUUUGAAGGAAGGAAAGAGAAGAAGCAAGGAGUCAAAAACGCGCAAACGUGUUGAAAUAUAUUUUUAAAAAAAUUGUGCUAUUGCCAGCUUUAAAAAUUGUUGUGAAAUUUUUGAAGUUGAAGACGUGUCCCAUUUUAUUCUUUGCGUCUCAUGUGAAAAAAAAACUGAAGAAAGUUAAAAAAAGAGAAUCUGAUCAAGGUGUGGAGAAUUUGAAAGAUUUUUUUUUAUAUUACCUUUCGCUCAGAAUUCAAUGUUAAAAAGAAAAGAGAAUUUCCCAAUAUCUUGCAAAGUGAAAAUCACAAAGUUUUACUAACUCUAUACCUCAAUACCAAUUGCAACGAAAAGUAAACGAAAAGGGAUUAUAAGAGUGGAAAAAAGACCUUUCAACAUUUCAUCAGAGUUCAUCUCAUACAUGAUCUUCUUCUGCCAACUUUAUGCUGCUGACAUAAUACCCAAAAUCAUUUCUGUGAUAGAAUCAACAACAUAAGAGUGAGAAAAAAACAUCCUGUGGCGAUUUAUCACAUAAAAUGCAGUGUGGUGUUGUGGAAUCAAUGAAUAAUGACUGCGAACGUUCACCAAAUCGAGCGGGGCUGAGGGUGAAUUUCAGCGACAAGGGUGAAGUGAAGGAGCGAAGAGAAAAGUUCCUAACCGCCAAAUAUGGGUCACAUCAAAUGAGUCUGAUUAGAAAACGACUAGCUGUAGAAAUGUGGCUCUUUGAUGAAUUGCAAAAACUAUUCGAUCCAUCGGAAGAAGCAAUAGAUGUGGAUAUUGAUGAAAUCUUGGACAUGGACACAGAUGACAUCCGAAGGUCUCAUCUAAUCACAUUGCUAUCGGACUGCAAGAGGCCCCAAUCAGAUAUAUCGAAAUUCAUAAGUGAUUUACUAGAUCGUGCCAAAACACUUUGAACAUUUCAUUUUGGUCUAUAAAGAGAAAAACAAAUAUAAUGUGGACGAGAAUUAUAUCGUUUGCUUAAUAUUGUUUUUUUUUGUAUUUAGAUUAAUGACUUAAGCAUAGAAUCGCGCCACCAACACAGUCCAUCAUUAUUCGUUUUAUUACAUCAUUAUAAGGGAAUAGUUUAUUAUAUUCUAUUAAAUUUAUAAUUAUGUAAAACCCACCAUCACCCUCCACUUUUGUAUAAUCAACAAUGUUUGUAGGCAUGUCAAGAAAAAUGGAUGGCGAUAAUAUCAAAAGAAAUAGACUUUAUAUGUAAUAAGGCGUUUUAUAAGCAUUAGUAAUGAGAGAGGGGUUUUAUAAUAGUAAUCACAGAAAAAUUGCCCAAAAGGCAAGUAAAACGGAUUUUUGUUUUCAGCAGAACAAGAAUAUUUCCUUUGAAUUGGCGUAGUUCUAUUUGUAAAAGGCUCGUCACUGCCCCGCAAAAAUAAUAGAUUACUUGCUCAUAAUUUUAACAGCCCAAUUUAAUUUUAAUAGAAAUAAUGCUAAAUUUGGCUAAAUAGUCCAAAUCAAAUCUUGUAAUGCAUGCAACGAAUCUAUUUAAGCAUAACUGCAGCGUCCGUUAGAUUUACAUCUCCCGCAGCCAACAAUCAUCAUAUAUAAGAAAUCUCUGUGUUUUAUUAAAAACAAAAAUAAAAUCAUAAAAUUAAGCAAAAUUUGUUUAGCUAAGCGUUCAGUUGAAUAAACAAAAACAAAAUCGUGAUGAUAAUAACAUGUAAUAAAGCUUUUGAUAUCUAAUGUAUUGAAAAUUGAAAUAAAUCGCAUAUUGUCAGUAAAAAAGGAAAACAAUAAAAAAUAUUCUGGUUUUUAUAUGCGCAAUAAAUGUUUGUAUGCUAAUAAAAUGGUAAAAAAUUGAUAACAGAACAAUGGCAGUCAAAUGAUUUUCUUUUUCUUAAAUUCAAAACCAUAUUAUAAGUAACAAUCCUCUCUCGUUCAGUAAUAACCUUCCCGAUUUGAGAGCUCUCUCCGGUUGAGAUUUUUUCUGUACUGAUUCGAACAGGGUCCUCUCGACAUUUCAUUUUUCUACGUUUUUGCAUAGAGGCACUGAAAACUACUAGCAAAUUUUUUCCUAAAGAGAAUUGACUUAUCAGUUUGAUAUAUAUUUCGAAAUUGUGCAUUAAAAGCUGUGCACCGAAAUAAUAUAAUACAAGAACUAGGAGCACAUUUGUCUAAAUCGCGGUGCAAUAUCUGCAAAUUUUUUACAAGGAAAAGCGAAAAAUACCUUCAAUUUUUAUUAGGUUAGAUGGACCCUGAAUUCGUAGGUAUAUCAUUGAGAACUUACCUAUAAAUUCGUUGGAAGUUCUAACGUUAAAACCGACGAGUUUCACAACAGUAAGCUCAUGAAAAGGACAUUUAUUUUAAUAAAAUUGCAAUUCAAACGUUCUGCCAUCUUGAAAUUCCACAAAACUGCACAAAAAUAAACUUUUUGCAGCAAACGUUUACACACACUAUUGUUGACAUUUUUGACGAAAGUGUCAAGAAUACCGAAAUUCGAAAUGGCAGAACAAAAUUAGCGCUAAAGCGGAGAGUACAUGAACUUACAUUAAGGCUUCCGGUAGAUUUUCGAAUAGGUUUUGGCGUAGUGUGGCUUUGACUCUUCGAAAGGUUAUUACUGAACGGAGCAAAACUAAAAUUUCGUAUUUAUACAAAAUCAUCGUUGUCUGAUAAUCAAUUUUUUACAGAAAAACGAGAUAUUGUGCUUAAAAUAAAAUAGCGCUAAGCGUUUGUAUGACACAAAAAAGCAAAUUCAGUGACAUAGAAAUUAAAGAAAUUUAUCUAUAAUUUAUAUUUGUAUAUCUAUAUUUAGUUGAUUUGACUAAAACUGUUAUUCAAAGUAUAAAAAAGUCUAAAAAAAGGGAAACUAUCGGAUCUUCUUAAAAUUACCCUUAUGCCCUAGUACACUUACGACUUAAGCCGAGAGACGACUUUACGUAAUUAUAAUCAAAAUAAUGAUUUGGCUAAAUUCCCAUCAGUUUCCCACUGAUUAAGCCGUUUCUCAGCUUAAUCCGAAAGACAGAGAUUAGUCAGAAACUGAUGGGAACAUUUUGAUCAUUAUUUUGAUUAUAAUUACGUUAAGCCGGCUCUCGACUUAAGCCGUGACUGGUCCAGGGCAUUACAUGCAAAAUUAUAAAAAAAAAAUCGAAAUUUCUAUGGAUCCUUUCAAUCAAAGCAUUCUUAAAAGUGGAAUGUUUCCAUAAUAAAACCGAUAGUUAGACGUAAUCGAAAAUAAAUAAAUUGGCCAUUCAUCUGAUAGAUUUUUGGAGACUUUUAAUUAACUAGUUAGUUGAUAUAUUUUAAUAGAUUUACUUAUUUGAUAAUUAGUCGAAUAAGUAUUGAAGUGAGUCCUUGAACCGCUAUCCUCAAAAAUACCAACAUUUUAGUGUAAAUAAAAAAAAUAGUGUAGAAAAAUUACACGAUAUCAGCAAGAAAUACGGAGUAUCAGAAUUUGCAAAUUUAUCAAUAAUUUAGAAGCUAUAUGGUGCAAUGUUCUUGCUGAGGAGUAAAGGAAAAAAACUGUUGUGUACAAUUUGAAUUUCUGGAAUUCAUUUGAAAGAGUUCAAUGUAGUGUAAUGUAAACCAGCAUGACUUCACAAUUACAUUUAAUAUCGAGUAUGUUUAUACAUUUAAAAUGUAAUUGAAUAAAAUGAUUACGUAGCA